GUUAAAAACGAAGAUGAAUGAACUUAGGAAGUGCCGAAGCAGAGGUAAAACGUGUGAAAUUUAUCAGUAAAUACUACUACUACUACUAGCUGAGUGACAAUACCACCUGGAUUCCAGAGGAACCAAAACAAUGGGACAAACUAGGAAGAAAGGUCCUGUUCUCUCCAAGGAGGAGCUACAAAUGCUCACAGUUGGAGAGAUUGUUCAAGAAUUGAUAAAAGCGCAGAAAGAUGGUCGAGACAUCAAUCUCAACAAGCUGAAGACCCGAAUCUCAUCAAAGUAUGGUCUUCAGUCUUCCCCACGUUUAGUGGACAUUAUUGCUGCAGUGCCACAGCAACAUAAAAAGGUCCUCUUACCAAAACUGAAGGCUAAACCUGUCCGGACUGCAUCUGGGAUUGCAGUGGUAGCAGUCAUGUGCAAGCCACACCGUUGCCCACACAUUAGUAUGACUGGGAAUAUUUGCGUCUAUUGCCCAGGGGGACCUGACUCAGAUUUUGAGUAUUCCACGCAGAGUUACACUGGCUAUGAACCGACCUCCAUGAGAGCCAUUAGAGCUCGCUAUAAUCCGUACCUUCAAACCAGACAUAGAGUUGAACAGCUUCGACAGUUAGGCCACGACGUAGACAAAGUGGAGUUCAUUGUCAUGGGAGGCACAUUCAUGGCUCUUCCUGAGGAUUACCGUGAUUACUUCAUCCGCAAUUUGCACGAUGCACUUUCCGGCCAUUCCUCUACCAGCGUAGAGGAAGCUGUCAAGUAUUCUGAACGUAGCAACACUAAAUGUAUUGGUAAGUUUUGUUUUUGUCUAGUCAACAAAAUCCAUUAAUUUCUU